AUGCCGCACCCCUCGGGAAUUCGAAAAAUCUGGGUCCAUCGAACACUAAACGAUCCGGGCGAUAUUGGGAAAUUUCAUUGUUUGUCUGUUUCGCUCGCGUCCGAUAUUAGUCCUACGGUGGUGAACGCUGCAACAAUCAGCACAGAAGAGGAAGUGGAUGAGAUCACCCUCACGAAUCGAUCCACUUAUGGGAAACAAGUGUUUGUUCCCGCUCCGAUCCGUGCUGCUUUUGAAACGAGCAACAGACGUGCCCGGAACACCAGCCCAUCGUCACCACAGCUAACAUUGAACAAGAAGCUGCGUGAUUCAUCUCCCGUGGUCGAUUCAGAGGCUGUUAGUACAGAUAUUCUUCGGGGAUACAAACAGCCUGUAUUCGAAGUCACUCCUUCGCAUGAUCUGAUCGAACAGAGUUAUCUGACAUCGGCCAUUGUAUCAUCAUCCGCGUAUUUUCCUCCUAAGAGCCCCGUCUUUAACCAGGAUGAUGUGAAAAAUGCGCUACAGUCCGCUCUCGAUACUGAUCAGGAACCUCCCUCUUGUAUUCGCAGCCCAGUGUUUCAUCGAAAUCCAUUCAGCAGUUCUCUGCAAAGUUCCUCAUGGCGUACCCCCACACCUACUAAAUCCGACCUGUCUAACUGCGAGGACCUCAUUGGUGAACCGUCGACUUCUCCCAUUUUGGACGGAAUCCCAGCUGCAUGCAUGCUCGAACGAAGGUAUUCGCAACCUGGAAGUUUCGGUUUUGCAUCAUAUGCCCUCAAAUCACAGUCUUAUGUGGGAUUCGGAUCGUAA